ACGAAACUUACCGCCCCUGACGUUUUAAGCGAGAGACAUGCAGGAAGACAUGGAGGCAAAGUGGAGAUGAAAACGGAAAACAUGCACUAUUCCCACAUUUGCCCUCAGCUCUCUUAUUUUUAUGUAAUUUAGGUUGACAUUCCGCCUGUUGGCUAAUUUAUAAUGGAUAACACAAACUACGUCGCUCAACUAAACGAGUACGCGCAGAAAACCAGGUUGGAGCUGAAAUACGAGGACGUUGGAUGCGUUGGUCCCGAUCACAUUAAAACAUUUACCCUAAGAGCAGUUCUGAAUGGUAAGGCCUAUCCCAAUGGUGUGGGGAAAAACAAGAAGGAAGCCCGACAGAGAGCAGCCGAAAACGUCCUGAAAAGCUUGUUGGGGGAACCUCCUGACUCUACAGAAACUAAAGUGGAAGCUCCCACUACACCAGUUCAUGAGCCAGUUAUUACUCAAACCAACUAUAUAUGUUGGCUCAAUGAAUAUGGUCAUAAGAACAGAGUUAAUAUAAAGGCUGUGGAGUCAACAAGACUGGGACCAAAUAAUGCCACGCAAUGCUGUAGCUUUGUGGUUGGUGAUAAGGAGUAUCCAGCUGCCACUGGGAAAACAAAGAGGGAAGCCAAGGAGGAAGCAGCAAAGCUUGUGCAUCAUGAGAUAUGUGGAGGUAAAACGACACCUGGAGAGGAGAAAUACGUCUCAUCAAGUCCACUAGAGGAGUCAGACAUCUGUGGUAAGACAAGGAGCUUGAGUUUGACGCCUACAGACGAAGGUUUUAUGGAGAUAAAUUUUGUAGGACACAUCAACACCUACUGUCAGAGAACAAAGCUCUCUCAUGAUUAUGUCUUUGAGAAUAAAUGCGGUCCUCCACAUAGCCCUCAGUUUUUCUACAAAUUAGUGAUCGGCAAAAAGCACUACCCUGUGGGUGAGGGUAGAAGCAUAAAGGAAGCUAAACAAAAUGCAGCUCAGCUGGCCUGGUCUGCCCUUGAAAAACAGACAGACUUCGACAAGAAGUUUUCUUCCUUCUCAGCUAUGUCGGAUGAUGUUGCUCCAGCCGGGGUGUCCACACCACCAAGCACAAUAGAGCCCCGUGAAGCAAAAUCAAAAAGCGUUCCAAGGACUGCAAGCGACUCGGUUGUUUUCAGGAAUUCAUGUACUCCUUCCAAGAAUCAGAUUCGCAGUCCUAUUGGGAAGCCCAAAAUAAGAAUUGCAGCAAAUUUUCCAAAUGCCUGCAAAAACAGCAAAGAGGAUGUAAUCAAUUUCAAUGCCAAGAAUACAGGAACAACAACAACAACACCAGUAAAUUCAAGGUUUACAUCAGAGUUUGACUCCUUGCUGUGCCUCGGCAGCGGAGCCUUUGGUUACGUUUUCAAGGCGAAACAAAAACUGCUGGACAAAUAUUUUGCUGUAAAGAUUGUUCGCUGCAAAGAAAAAGCUCUACGGGAGGUGGGGGCAUUAUCAGACCUCCAUCACUGCAAUAUUGUUCGGUACUACACAUGUUGGUUGGAGGAUUCAGGAUACCAGUGGGGCAGUGCAGCUGGCAGUUCCAGCAGUUCACAGUCAACUGAUGAUUCGCUGCUGAAAUACCUCUAUAUUCAGAUGGAGCUGUGCAGCACCAAAACACUUAGAGUGUGGAUAGAUGAGAAAAAUAUUCAGAAUGUGAGGAAAUCUCUGCGAGACUCAAAGAGGAGAGAAGAAAGUCUAACUAUUAUCAUCCAGAUAGUCACUGGAGUCGAGUACAUUCACUCCAAGAUGCUCAUCCACAGAGACCUGAAGCCUGCCAACAUCAUGUUUGGGCAAGAUGGACAAGUGAAGAUUGGAGACUUUGGUCUGGUCACUGCUGAGAAUGAUGACGGUGCUGAGAGCCUGAUGGAGAGGACGGCGUACAAAGGAACCCCAUCUUACAUGGCUCCUGAGCAGAGGAGCAGAAACGGGAGCACUUAUGACCGAAAGGUGGAUAUAUUUGCCUUGGGGCUGAUAUAUUUUGAACUCCUUUGGAACCUCCAGACCAACCAUGAGAGAAAAGCGAUUUGGGAUGAACUUAGAAACCAGAAACCUCCUCAAGGAUUUUUGCACAAUUUCCCCUAUGAGAACCAAAUUAUAAAGUCAAUGCUGUGUGUGAAGGCUGAAGACCGACCUGAAGCAAGUAAACUAAAGAAGGACUUGGAAGAGUACUCUAAUAUAGUUGCACAAAAAUAUAUGCAUCGCGAAAGUAAGACUGUUUGAUUACAGCAAGGAAACACUCAAACAACAGACAGAAGCUCCACUAUUUGCAUAAUACUUUUGACUGGUACUAACAUUUUAUGAACUGAUGUAACAAAAUGUGUCAUAAUUAUGUGCCAUCGAUGGGAAAGGGCACAUAACUUUAAGCAUUGUGUAAUCAUGGAAUGCAUUUUUGUUCCAUUCUAACAAAUAAUCAUGUCCUGGGUAAUUAACUUGGUCAGAAAUAAUGUAUACUAUGUUGGAAAUGGUAAUCUGUUUCAAGUGACAUUACACCCUUUGCUGUCUUAAUCAGUAGGAUGAAUCGGAAAAUAAAACAUCAGCAACAAGGGUGUAAUGAUCAUUCAUCUUUUGUAAUGUUUGUACAUGGUCUGUUGUAUUUCGUAUGAUUGGUGAAUUGUAGUGGAGCAGGAUGAAGAGGAUUCCUCUACUGAUGCUACUAUACUACUUCUCUUUCAAGGCUAAGACCAGUUCUUUACCUCCAUGUAGUAUGUGUAAAUGUUUUAGUGUUCACUUAUACAUUUGACCAUGGUCUGUUCUCUGUGGAAACAAUAUAUGCAGCCUGUAAAUGCCCAUGAAAGUGACGAUUGAGUCAUUUUCAGAGGCUUUGCAUGAAAGUGUUGUAAGAUUCAAGCUUGCCAGCCUGCAAUAGAAGCAGUGAAGUCUACCACUGUUGCAGCCUUACAAGCCAAUUAGAGUUCAAAAGCAAACAGUAUUCAUAGAAAAGGGACUCAGCAACCUAUAAAUGCAGCACAGGAAUGUCAGGAGCCAGGAAGAGGGCACAGCCUGGCUUCUCUGGGUUGGCAACAGCUACUUUGACAAUGCAGAAACAAUCCCAGAUGCCUGAGCUCUUACAGGUAAGAACUUAAAAUCGACUUGACUGAAGUUUUUUAAUUAAAUAUAUAAAUGAACACUACUCUUGGUUGGAUCCAAUGGAUCAGUAGAUCCGGUGGAUAAGACUAUGGCAGGCUGCAUUUGCAGUAUGGGACCUAAGUGUGUUAGAUAUUGUGUGUGUGUGUGCUCUGUGGAGAGGCUGGCAGUGUCACUGGCACUGCAGUGACUCAACAAUAAACCAGGAAAUGUCUAAAUUAAGCUCUGUCCCUGUUUCCGUCUCAGCAGCCUGACAAUUGAUUACACAAGUCAAGAACAGUACUGUGUUCUGCAGCAGCAGUCUGAAAUUUGUAAUAAAAACGGAAUAGCUUUAAGGUCUUAAGAUAUGGAGGACAGGACCUGGAGGACCUGUGCACAUCCACACAGCCAGGCACAGUCAGGCAUAGCUGCUGGCAGCAUGGGACUGACAGGCCAUCUGAGGCACUGGUGCCAGACCAGGAAAGAGCCCUAAUCUAAAUUAGGGUCUAACCCCCCCCCACCAUGACACUGUGCACACCACUGGUCAAUGGAUUCAUGAUGGGUAGGAGUAAUUGAUCCCCAGUUUCACUUUUGAUUCACCUUACAAAGUCAUACCACGUGACAUCCAGUGAAUAACUUUAAUACGAGGAAAUCGAAACUUAAAGGUACGAAAAGUCAGCAGAAUCGAAACAACACAGGACACACAGGCUGUGAGCAGAAUCAAGACCCGAAGGGGAAAGAAGAGCAUCGUCGUUUAUGAUGGAUACUGGAAACUACAUAGCCAGACUGAACGAGUAUGCACAGAGAAAGCGCUUCAGUUUGACGUACGAGGACGGCGGCUCUGAUGGCCCUGACCAUAACAGAAUAUUCAGACAGAGGGCAGUCCUUAAUGGUAAAGUCUAUCCAGAUGGGCUGGGCAAGACCAAGAGGGACGCCAAGCGUGAAGCAGCUAAAAACGCCCUGAAUGAUUUGGGGAAAGGACAUCAGGACUCAGUUGACCCAACAGAAAGUGCAGCAGAAGCUUCUGUUGUGCCAGUUCAUCAGACAAGAACUGGGGACAUUAACUAUAUAUGCUGGCUCAAUGAAUAUGGUCAGAAGAACAGAGUUACUAUAAAGCCUGUGGAGUCAACAAGACCGGGACCAAAUAAUGUCACGCAAUGCUGUAGCUUUGUGGUUGGUGAUAAGGAGUAUCCGGCUGCCACUGGGAAAACAAAGAGGGAAGCCAAGGAGGAAGCAGCAAAGCUUGUACAUCAUGAGAUAUGUGGAAGUAAAACAACAGAGAACGCAGAUGGGUUUUCCAACUCUGCACCAAUUCAAGAAAAGGCAGAUUCAGUUUCUGAUAUCUGUACUAAGACAGGAUGCCUCAGCUUGAGCUCCAGCUUUACAGAGACGAAUUACAUCGGAAUUGUCAACCACUAUUGUCAGAAGACAAACAGCUCCCUUAAAUUUAUUGAAGAGAGAUGUGGUCCACCUCACAACCGUCAAUUUUUCUGCAAAGUAGUGAUCAACAAUAAGCAAUACUCUGAGGGUGAGGGUAAUACUGUCAAAGAAGCCAAACAAAAUGCAGCUCAGCUGGCCUGGUCUGCUCUUCAGGAACAGUCAGACUGGGACAGCCAGGUGUCUGUCAGAUCAACAGCAUCCAACGAUGGUGCACGACCUACAUUGUCAGUGCAGUCAUCUACACAGGAGUCCUAUACAUCACCGUCAAAAAGCACAUCAGAGAGCACAAGUGACUCUAUAAUAUUCGCCGAUUCAUCAAACCCCUCCAAGGCUCAGGUCUGUUCUCUCAGAAUGGUAAAAAAUCUUUAGUAGGUACAACACAAUGUGCACUUAUGAAGACUGAAUAGCUUUAGUUUGGGUUCAUAUUUGUGGUUAAAUAAGAUGAAAGGUAUGGCUGAGAUGAAAAACGGUGAUGGAAGAAGUAUUCAUAUAAUUAAUAGUCUGACCCACAUCAACU